CCGAUCGAGUACGUGUUCGGAUAUGACGCCGAGACGAUGAUUGCGUGGCGCAGGCGGCUUGGAGCGAGGAGUAGUGAGCACGCCGAAUGGGCCAUCGAAAUGACGCCAGGGAACGCAGACACGGAUCCUGUCGUUGCCAAGUUCAAGGACGGGAUGACGAGGCCUGUCCCAGAGACCACAUCGGGCAGGUGGAAAGAGGCGGAGGAGGCAGCGGCCGCCACGGGUGGCCAGGUGAAGAAGAAGCACUCGGAGCAUUGCUUCUCGGGGGUGGAGCCCGGUGGCAAGGCCGUGUGGGUCGGCAUGCGGUGGAACAAGCCCAGUGGCAAGAUCGCUGAGCGCUUGGCCACAGUCAAGUGGCAGGACAACCCCCAGCUGGUCCAAGUAAACAUCGAGGUGUUUCGGACGACGGCCGAGCAGGAGCAAGAGGAGCUCGAGAUCCUGGCGUGCAAGUGGUGCUCGUCGAUGGCGAAACGCUUCUGCGAUGGCAAGCUGGACAAGGCUGGGAUGCUGGCCGAGAAAUCCACGCUCGUGGAUGCGAGCGACUGGGGGCAGAAGGCGAGCCCCAAGGCGAAGUGUAAAGCUGGUGCGAAGGCUAAGGCAGCGCUGAAGAGGCCCGCGGCAGUAUCCAAGGGCGCGGCCCUCAGUCAGGAGUCCAACGGCACGCAGGACAAGGCAGUGCUGAAGAGGCCCGCGGCAGCCGAGGUAUCCGAGGAGGCCCCUGGUCAGGAGUCCGACGAGCCCAAGUCCAGCGAGAAGCAUGCGAUCACCAAGACACCCGUUGAGAAGGAGAUCACCGACAGCGAGGACUUCGCCGCGAAGAAGCUCACG